GAUAAAACGUAGUCAUUUCGUCACUUCUUGUAAACGCGGAUUUCUACUUCCGGUUUGAUCAUGGCGGCGCCCUUGGCGAUCCACCUGGAGUUCGGGGGAGGAGCCGAACUCCUGUUUGAUGGAGUCAAGGAUCAUCACGUGACACUUCCUAGCCAAUCAGAACCCUGGGACGUGAAGCAGCUGCUGGUGUGGAUUCGGGAGAACCUGCUGAAGGAGAGGCCCGAGCUCUUUGUGCAGGGGGAUUCUGUGAGACCCGGCAUUCUCAUAUUGAUCAACGAUGCAGACUGGGAGCUGAUGGGUGAGUUGAAGUACCAGCUUCAGGACCAGGACAAUAUUGUCUUCAUCUCCACACUACAUGGAGGUUAACAGGAUCUAACGGACACACACACAUGAAGGCGUAAAUACACACCAUAUAUUCUUGCCUUUAGUCUCAAUGCUCUACGCCACCCUUCCUCCAACCUCUCGACCAAUCAGACGAGCCCGUCUUGACUUUUUGUUUAUUUUAAAGCCCAAUUAAACAGCACAUCAGAGGGACGUUGGCGGAGACAGGGUCGUCUCGCUGCUCUACCUGCCCCUGGGUUCGAUGGACGUGGGGUCACAUCGGGGCGCAUUCAGAGGUCACUCUGUCUAGCCGACGUCCAGAUGGAUUCUCCAGAGACGUUUAGGAUUCACCGAUCGCUCUCACUCUCACCCCCAGAAAUGACACAAUUUCCAUUUUCAUGUGUUUUACAUCCGUUUUUUUUUCCUCCUGUUUUUGAAUGAAUAAAUGUGAUUAUUUUUAUAA